AUAUUGACGCUGUUGUUGAGUGUUGGAGUCGAUCGAACAAGCUUAAAGCGAUUUCCAAUAACAAAGAAGAAAAGCUGAAACGAUUGCCAAUCCGAAAUAUCCUCUUUCUUAAUUUGGUCGGGGGAGACUGUUUUUACUUUGGUUUUACUCGUUUCAACUCCUGCGAUCUUCUGGGCCGUCCAAUUGGUUCGUCAAUGUCACCGGCUUCAUUUCAUGUUUUAUCUCCUUCUUUUAAUUGAAAUUAGCACAACUUUUGGCCUGUCAGUCCAUCAUCGUCUGAGAUAUAGGAAUAUAAGGACAUGGGAUGCCUGGUGUCAACACCGAAAGAUACCAUUGGAAAUAGGAGGAGGCCAUCAAACAUUGGUGAAGUAUCUGUUUAUGUUCCUGGUCUGCGGCUACCUAAACCUGUUGAUUUUUCUCAGUCACUUGGUGAUCACUUGUCCAAGAGUUUAGUAGAACGUCUAUCUGCUUUAAGAACUCGUAUAGUUGUAAUGGCUGGCCAAGAAGGUCCCACAAUCACAAGAACAAGGAGAAGAACCCAGCAUGGUGGCUCAACAUUAGCCGAUCUCCAGCAGGCUCUCGAGGAUUACUUACCUGUUCUUUUGGGACUGAUGAAAGAUGGAAGUCAGCUACAGCACAAGGUAAAAUUUGUGUGGGUUAAUCAAGAGGAUGAUGCAGAGGAAACAACUAUGUCUAAUGCAUGGUAUGAGGUGCUGUCAGUUUUGCAUUUAAUGGCAAUGCUAUCAUUAUCACAAGCUAACUUAUUGCUUCUUCCGAGAACAUCUGCUGACGGUCACCAGCCAAAAGUAUCAGAAGAGAGUAGACGGGCUUCAGUUGAUAUAUUUCUGAAGGCAGCAGGACACCUUGACUGUGCUGUCCGGCAUGUUCUCCCACAGUUGCCUGUUGAGCUCAAGAGAAACCUACCAGUCGACCUAGCAGAAGGAGUUCUUCGAGCUCUUUGCUUACAAGCACUAGGACAGGGUGUAGAUAUUCAACUUGGAAUCGCAAUUGAUAGUACAAAAGCGACUCUUGCAGUUAAGCGAAGGCUUGCAUGUGAGAUGGUAAAGUAUUGGCAGCAGGCUCAAGAUAACAUUAUGAAUCUUCCAUUAGUGAACGGUUGGGGUGAGAAGCAUAAACUCUUUGUAAAGUGGAAGUAUGUUGAGGCAAAGGCUGCAGCAUAUUAUUAUCAUGGUUUAAUACUUGAUGAGGGUAACACCGAAAAGUUUCAUGGAAUGGCAGUAGCUGCUUUGCAAGCCACUGACGAGUAUUUUAAAGAGAGUAAGAGGGCAUGUGAGGCAUUCAAUGCUGCUCCUCCUUUGUCCAGAAACCCACCGCUUUGGGGAACCAUUAAAUAUCUGUCUGAGAAAAUCCCAAAAGACACUUCAAGCAAAGUACGGAUAAACCGUGAUCUGUACUCUCAUCAAAAAAUCAUGGAGACGGCACCGACAUUGCCAGACUUUUCUCUGGCCUUGAAACCGGAUGAAUAUCAACUUCCUCCGGUGGAUCCCUCUUGGAACAUGGAGCACACAAAUAGGGAACCUACUGCUUCCGACCAACUCAAGAAUGACAGGAAAUGAGUCCAUGUAUGAUAUUUUUCUGCUAGCAGAAGUAGAAAGGGGGAAUGGAUGGCCAUUGGUGGAUUAUGCAAACAAAUCAGGUGGAUUAUGUAACGUUUGCUCCCUUCUAUUGUUCUUUUCUUUCCUUUUAAUAUAUUUUUCUUCUAUAAAAUUGUUUUGUUCCUCGGUUCCCAUUUGUAGCUUUACUUUGAUAGAUCUCUGUAAAAUUGUAAAUCGUCUGCUACAGGGGAAAGAGCAAUGAUUAACUUGCAAAUUCCCAGUGAUUGGUA